AUGGCCCUGCUCUUCCUGCUGGGCUGUGCUUUCUUCCCACUGUGCUUUGCUGGCCUCUGUUGGGGGCUGCAGAACCAAACCAACUUGCAGAUGGAGAGGCAAGAGGCUGUUUUGGUGGCGUCAAAGCUGGUGUCCUCUGUCCAAGCCAUCAUGGCCUCCACAGCUGGCUACAUAGUCUCCACCUCCUGCAAGCACAUCAUUGACGACCAGCACUGGCUGUCCUCGGCCUACACACAGUUUGCGGUUCCCUACUUCAUCUAUGACAUCUAUGCCAUGUUCCUCUGCCAUUGGCACAAACACCAGGUUAAAGGGCAUGGAGGGGAAGACGGGACGCCCAGAGCCCUGGGCAGCACCUGGGCCGUGGUCCGUGGCUACCUGCACAAGGAGUUCCUCAUGGUGCUCCACCAUGCGGCCAUGGUGCUGGUGUGCUUCCCACUCUCGGUGGUGUGGCGGCAGGGCAAGGGGGAUUUCUUUCUGGGGUGCAUGUUGAUGGCCGAAGUGAGCACACCCUUCGUCUGCCUGGGCAAGAUCCUCAUCCAGUACAAGCAACAGCAUACGUUGCUGCACAAGGUGAACGGCGCCCUGAUGUUGCUCAGCUUCCUGUGUUGCCGGGUGCUGCUCUUCCCCUACCUGUAUUGGGCCUACGGGCGCCAUGCCGGCCUGCCCCUGCUCUCAGUGCCCCUGGCCAUCCCGGCCCACGUCAACCUGGGCGCCGCGCUGCUCCUCGCACCCCAGCUGUACUGGUUCUUCCUCAUUUGCCGCGGAGCCUGCCGCCUCUUCCGACCCCGAGGUUCCCCACCACCCUCUCCUUGUCAGACUCAGGACUGA